UUUCAUUAUUGUAGAUACUUUAUUGAUAUUGCGUUUGCCGUGCAUGCGCGAAAAACCCGGCCUGAACAACAGACUGGAUGUAUGAUGUGUGACGUAGAAUGUGCAAUUGAUUUUAAAAAUUGUUAUAUUAUUAUUUAUGUUUUGAUAAAAAUGAUAUUAGAAUAGUGAUAGUAGUGAUAGUAAUAACAAAUAAAUCAAUGAAGUAAUUUUUUUCUAUAUAAAAAGGCAUGUCUCCCCAAAGUAGAUUCGAUGGCCCUUGCAUAUUGCCUCAUAUGUUUUGUUGACAAGACUAAUUUUUUCUUUGUCCAGAGUGCUGAGAAUGGCGCAGGACAAUGCGAAUAAGUUGACAAGAGAAGACUUUGAUGCUGGUCCAUGCAGCUUCGAUGAGAUUGAGCUAGGCUUAUAUCUGGGUAAUCUCACGGCUGCAACAGAUGUGGACUGGCUGAAAGAAGUUGAAAUGACUCAUAUAUUGACAAUAGAUUCCUGUCCAUUGCCAAGAAAGAUCCAGGAAUGUAUCCCCAAUUUAGUCAUUAAGUAUAUUCAGGUAACAGAUAUGCCACGAGAAGAUCUCUUAACGCAUUUUGAAGAUUCCUAUGAAUUCAUCGAUCGUGCUCUCGAAUCCAAUGGCAGGAUACUGGUGCACUGUUACUUUGGUGUAUCACGAUCCGCUACCAUGGUGAUUGCAUAUGCAAUGAAAAAGCACAAAUUGAGCUUUGCAGAUGCGUUCCAAUUGGUAAAAUCGAAACGACGAUUCGUUGCACCAAAUCCUGGUUUCAUGGCGCAGCUGCAACUUUACGAGGACAUGGGCUAUGGUGUGGAUAGCACCAAUGUGCAAUUUAAAAUGUAUCGGUUACAAAUUGCCGCUGACAAGGUGCGCAAGGCUCGCAUUCUUCCUCAGAGCUGCGUCGAUUUAGUAAAGCCAGAUCCCGCAUUGACAACCGUGCGUCCCGAGCCGACAGUUUAUCGUUGUAAGAAAUGUCGCCGCAUCGUGGCAAGCGCUAGCAAUAUUUUACCCCACGCACCACACGAGAAACAGAUCUGGCGGCACAUCAGCGUUAAAAAUCCAAAAGAUGUCGAGAACUGUGAUAAACUAGUCCUGAAAAGAGAAGAGCCAACGCGAGUCGAGCUUUGCGACAAGAUCUAUUUUGUGGAACCUUUGGCUUGGAUGCCCGACAUCACGCAUACCGUCGAAGGCAAAUUGAAUUGCCCUAAAUGUAACACGAAGCUCGGCUCGUAUAGCUGGAUCUCUGGCAGCCAGUGUCCCUGUGGUAGUAAAAUCGCACCAGCUUUCUAUUUGGUACCCUCCAAGCUCGACUGGAGCAACGUUGUGCAAAACGUGCAAGUAACGGGCAAUUUGAAAGCAUUUUUGAAGAAAUGACUAAUGAAAAACAACAUUCAUUGCUGAUGUCAUAAAUAAAAUUGUAAUCUAAUUGUACGAAAGAUCAGCUCAAAUAAUGCGCAUAUAUUAUUCGAGAUAUUACGAAUAAUUGAAUAGAUUGAGAUGAGUCAGAUUUGUCCGAAUAAAUAUUCUAUAAUCUAGCGUGAGUAUGCGGAAAAUAAA